CAUAGCAACAACAAGCGAAAUGGCAGAUAUCGAAGACAGUUUACAAGAUCAGUUGGUGGAAGAGAUUCCCGAAACUGCUGAACAGGAUGAAAAUCCAGCAGAGGAAGCCCCUUCUCAAGAUGGAGGGAAGGCAGUUGAUGGUGAUGACAAGUCAAACAUGAUGGACAUUGCAGGAGAAAUAAAUGUCAAGGCACUUAAAGAGUUUAGAGAAAAUGAUACUUCUGAAGUACCUGAUGGGGAAGGUGGCAGACCAGCCUCAGGGGAACGUCCAGCUUCAAAGGAGAGACCAGCAUCUGGACAAAGACCAGCAUCUGGACAAAGACCAGCGUCUGGCCAGAGACCAUCCUCUGCCCAGAAAGGUUCCAGAGCUGGGUCUGUCCAAGAUCAAGGUGAGGCAAAAGAGGAUCCUCAGAGAGCGCCUUCUGCUGACCGGCCCCCAUCAGCAGCAAGACCAGCCUCAGCACAAAGAGCUGGCUCUGCAGCCUCAGCACAAAGAGCUGGCUCUGCAGCCUCAGCGGGUAAGCCCCAAAUUCCUGACCGCCCACUUUCUGGGAGACCAGGAUCGGCUCAAAGGCCCGGGUCGGGAGAACGGCCAGGCUCUGCCCAGAGACCAGGCACAGCUGAGAAACCAGGCUCUGCUCAACGACCAGGCUCUGCUCAGAGACCAGGAUCUGCUCAACGACCAGGAUCUGCCGAACAACCAGAAUCAGCUGAGAAGCCGGGCUCUGCCCAGCGACCAGGAUCUGCCCAGCGACCAGGCUCUGCCCAGCGACCAGGCUCUGCCCAGCGUCCACCUUCUUCAAGAAGACCACCCUCUGCUGAGCAACCAGCCGAUGUCUCCAGACCUGUUUCUGCCUCUGCGGAUAGACCAGGCUCUGCUGCCAGACCGGGGUCAGCAACCAGACCAGGCUCAUCAACUAGACAGUCCCCUUUGGCUGCUGAGAUGGCUGGUCAGGAUCAGUUCGAUGAGGGAGCAGGAGGGUACAGUAGAGGUAUCACUGGUGCUGGUGGAAGCCGGGGUGGCGGGGAUGACCGACACAGACACACCGAGCUGACACAAGUAGACAGCGAGGAGGAGGAGGAGGAGGAGGAAGGGGAAGAUGAUGGGGGAGGAGAAUCAGACAUUUCUGAUGAUGAGAGUGAGAUGGUGGUUUUGGAUCCUGAUCACCCCUUGAUGAGGCGAUUUCAGACUGCCCUCAAUGACCACCUGUCGAAGCAGAGCACCAAGGUUUCUCUGGAGCUGAGAGAGCUCAGCGAAGCUCUGAGGAACAAGCGUAAAGAACGAGAAGAGCUCGGCGUCAAUCUGUACGGCCUGCAGCAAGAGCUUGCACGACUGCAGAUGCACCUAGAGAAGCGGCACGACGAGCUGAGCAACAUGGCACGCAAGCGGCAGCAGUGCGAGGAGCAGCUCCAGGAGGUGCGAGGCAUGUAUAAAGACACUCAGGGCAACGUGACGCAGCAGCGUAAAGAUGCCUCAAGCUUGCAGACAGAGGUAGAGAAUCUGGCACUCCAUCUGUUCUACAUGACCAACGCCAAGGAAGACAUCCGGGGGGACAUAGCUGUGAUGAGGCGGGCAGCUGAGAAGGCCGACAGCGAAGUCAAUGUUGCAGAGACCGACAAACAGAAACAGGAUUUGUACGUUGACAGGUUGACUGAGAAUGUUGACAAGCUGAGAGAGCAGAUAUCUCUUUAUGAAGCCCAGUUUUACGCACAAGGUGAAGAGACCAAAGCAGCUAAGGAGGCACUCUCAGAAGCUCGCCUGGAAAUCGAGUCAAUCAACCUGGAGAGAAAGCAGCUGUACCAGCAGUGGAAUAGCAGUAUUAUUGGCAUGAGAAGACGUGAUGAAGCACACGCUGCCAUGCAGGAAGCACUCAGCCAACAGAGGCAGCACAUCCUCUCCCUGCAGACAGAGAUCGAUGGCUACCGUAAGUCCAUUCUGAAGGAGCAGGAAAAUAACGAGACGCUGACCAUCCUGCUCAACAAGAAUGAGUCAGACAUGAACACGGUCAAGAAGCUCAUCUCUAUAUGCCAGUCUAAACAAGAACAGAUCAAGCAGGACUACAGCACCUACACCCGAAUGUUGCAUGAGACGGAGCAGGCCCUGACAAGGGCAACGACGGACCGAACGCUACGGAUGAAUGAAGUGAAUUCCCUGCGCAAACAAAUCGAGCGUGAAUUCCUAGAGAAGAUGCGCUUGGAGGAGACCAUCAUGGAAACCAUGCGGCAGAAGAUGACGAUGGACAAAGUGACUCAGUAUGCCAACAAGAUGGCCAACAAGACGCGCAAGCUCAUUGCGGAGCAGGAAGCAUCAAGAGCCAAAGUAGAAAACGAGAUCUCUCAUGACACUCUGGAUCUUUCCCACACACUGACGCGGGUGGAGCAUCUCAGAAAGAACAUGCAGGAGCUAGACGCAGAGAUCCAUGAGAAGAACGAGAUCAUCUCACGCAGCGAGAACGAAAUCGUCAAACGCAACGCCGUCAUUGAGCGCAAGCAAGGCCAGAUUGAUCAGUACAAUAAAAAGAUUGAGGCGAUCAUUAGCUCUCAAGGGGGCGAGGAGCUGGGUCCAUUAGAACAAGAGGUCAACGGCCUGCACAAGAACAUAGACGCCCGUAUCCAGGACAUUGCCGACCUGCAGCAGUUCUGGCUGCGGCAGCAGAGUGAGCUGGUCAAGCUGACCCAAGAGAAGGACGGACAACAGACAGAGGUCAACAUCAUGAAGAAGGCCCUCAUGAUUCUUCACCAGAAGAAGUUACGCAUUGAGAAUGACAUCACUAGCCAAGAGGCUGAACACAAGGACGUCGAGCGCAGCAUCCGUAACAUGCAGAACGACAUGCUCAAACUGAACCUCCUCCUAACCAAGGAGGGCAAGACAAGACAGAACCUGAAACAGGAUAACAUCCUGAUUGAGAAUGACUUCAUCCUGUCACUGAGAGAGGCUGAGAUGGAGUCCAUACAGAUGCAGAAUCAACUGGAGGGGCUGGGAGAGGAGAAAGAGAGGCUGCUGAACAGUCUAGUGGAAGCCGAACGUCAGAUAAUGUUGUGGGAGAAGAAGACACAGCUUGCACGAGAGGCUAAGGCCACUGUUGAUUCUGAGGUAGGCCAGGGUGAGAUCAGAGCCAUGACUGCUGAGAUUCAUCGCAUGGAUGUCAGACACUCCCAGCUCAUGAAACUACAGGAGAAACUGAUUCAAGACAUGGAGAAGGCAGUGUCCAGGCGGGACACCAUCGUCACUCGCGGAGACGCUCAGUCCAAACUCUACAAGAAGGUGGAGACUAAAGGAACAUUCCAGAAGAAACUGACCGAGAUGAGGAAGAAGAUUAAACAGACACAGCAGGAUGCAGGCGCCUGUGAUCAGGACAUACAAGAGCUGCGCACUCAUCAGCAGAUGCUGAGUCAAGAACUGGAGGAGAAACAAAGCAACUUCCAACAGCUUCAGAGCAACGCUGAUACCCUGGACGGUGACCUGGACCGGCUGGUCGAGGUCAAACAGAAGAACCUGACUGAUCUCCUGGCCAAACAGCAGAGGGUGAAAUACUACCAAGCCCUCAAGGAUGGCAAGUACACCCUCCUCUGCAAGACGGAGACUGCUCUGGACUCUGAGAUGCAGAAGCAGACUGAUCGUAUGCACACCAUUGCUACCAUUGUUGAUCGCGUCAACCAGGAGUUCCCUCACGUCCAGCCUGCCAUGAGGAAGGUCAUGGUAACGCUUAGCUCACGGGGGGUCGGCGAGGAGGAUCAAUAAGAUGGGUGGAAUAAGAUUGUG